AUGCAUUUGUCGCGCCAUCCUGCAAUUUGGUUCAUCGCGUGCCUAUUGACUUCCCUCGCUCGCAGCGCAGCCUUCCUUUCCGCAUCACAACAGCAAAACUAUGGCAAAGACUGGUCAGUCUACGACUACAUCGUCAUCGGCAGCGGGCCUGGCGGCGGCCCUCUGGCUGCGAAUCUCGCGAAGAGCCAACACUCAGUACUACUUCUCGAGGCUGGAGACGACGGCGGCAAUGAUCUAAAUGAGACGAUAGCUGCCUGGUAUCCUUUUGCAUCCAACGACCCGCAGCUACGGUGGGACUUCUUCGUGAAGCACUACAGCGACGAUACCUUGAACGACCAGUACGAACAUCUGACCUGGCGGACGAAAGAAGGCGGAUUUAACGUUGGUCUCGAUCCUCCCGUCAAUGCCACCAAGCUCGGUGUCUAUUGCCCAAGAACUGGUACGCUAGGUGGCUGCUCGACACAUAAUGCUUUGGCGGCUGCACUUCCCAGCGAUUCGGAUUGGCAUGCUAUUGCCAAUGUGACUGGUAACGAGAGUUGGCAAGCAGGAAACAUGCGGCAGUAUUUUGAGAGAGUCGAACGAAACCAGUACUUAUCUGCCGGAACAUUUGGACGCGGCUUCGAUGGAUUUCUAGAUAUCAGUCCGAAUGAUCCUGCUGUACUGGCAAAUCAGCCUGCAGUCGCCGCCGUACUGCAAGCCGCAGCGAUUGCAAGCGGUCAGACUGGUGACGUGUUCAACCUGACUCAGGCUGAUCUGAAUAAUGCGUCUCCUGACCGGGAUCAGCAGGUGGGCAUCUUCGGCUUGCCAGCCCACAAGACUCCUUCUGGCAGACGUGCCACCGGAUCAGACGGUCUGCCACUGUACAACCUCAAGCUACAACUCGAGGCUCUAGCAACUAGGGUGCUUUUCUCGCGAGAGUCGCCACAUGAACUUCGCGCUCGCACGCCUCAAGCGAUCGGAGUCGAAUACAUUCAGGGCAAGAGCAUGUACAAUGUUGACCCGCCGUACAACUCUUCAAAGUGUGGUAGCCUCAAGCAAGCAUUUGUCCGCAGAGAGGUCAUAAUUGCCGGCGGAACAUUCAACAGCCCACAACUGCUAAAGCUCAGUGGUCUUGGACCAGCAGCUGAGCUCAAGGCACUAGUUAUACCCUUGGUAGUGAACCUGCCUGGCGUCGGCACCAACCUCCAAGACAACUACGAGAUCGGUGUCAUCGCACAAGCUUCGCAGAACCUCACCACUCCCGGCCCAAUCUGCACGUACGGACACGGGCCAGACCCAUGUCUAGACAUGUGGUACAACGGCACCGGUCCUUAUACCGACACGUCUCUUGAUGCGCUUAUGCACAAGACUACUCGAGCGGCAUACAACGAGCGUGAUCUCUUCAUGUGGGGCUUGACAGGUGGAUUCCGUGGUUUCUGGCCGCUUGGUACAGUCAACGCUAUUCCGCAGGAUCCACCGAGUACUUUCGACUUCUCUAUGAUCAAGAUGCAUCCGCAUGUUAACAGUCGUAGCGCGGGAACUGUGACGUUACGAUGUGCUGAUCCUCGCGAUGUGCCGGAGAUCAAUUUUAGGUACUUUGAGAUUAAGGGGUCAGAUGAAGACUUGGACGCUAUGGUUGAAGGAGUGGAGUUUGCGAGAAAAGUUUACGGAUCCGUUGUAUCGCCUAUAUCACCUUUCACCGAAACUUUCCCCUGUAUCAACGGAUCUGCAACAGGCUGUGUGACACCAGAGCUCGAAUCAAAAGUCAAGCGUGGUCUCAUCAUGCUACUAGUACUUGCUCGAUGGGAGCAAUCGACGAUCCGAUGGCUCUGGUGGACUCACGGUUUCGGGUCCGUGGCGUACGUGGAUUAA